AGCAUAAACAAACCAUUCAUUACCUCAGUGCCAACAAGACCAUGAGGACCACACUCAGCUGCCUUCUUCUGGGAUUUGUUAUUUGUCAAGGGAUUUGUCUUGGAUUUGACGUUGUGGACAAAGAUGAAAGAGGAUCAGGUGGUCCACGGCAAUGGCGAUUAGAUGAAUUAUGGAAGCAUAUUGAUAGAGAAGGAUACAGGGAAAUGACAACUUUGGGGACCAGUCACACCAGUAGUGAGAAAAUUCCCUACCACUGCCAACCAGAUAUUGUAAGGCAAAAUGAUGGUCUAAGGGCGUGUUUCAGUGCAGCAAAACCAGAGAAUCACUUUAGUCAUAACAACAGUUUCUACUGCUCAGUGGUAGGGCCAGCCUUCAACGUUUUGUUAUCGUCCUGCGAAAAUGGCAGUGUGACACCAACUUCCUUGCAGGACACAGUGGGCUCCGUUGACAAACUUCUUGUCAGCAGUUCCCUACAGAGUAUUGAAACAAAUGAGGAGCGUGUAUCAGCUGUGAUGUUGGUUUUGGAUGGGCUGGCCUCAACCGCAGUUGCAAAAGCUAUUGCAUCUCCAGAGCACCAAUCUCAGACUGUGGUUACUAACUCAGUAGUGAUCCAAACCCACAUAAUCAGUGAAGAGGUUAUUUCAAAAAAUGAAGCUCUGCGUUUAGAGGCUCAAGAAGACCAAAUGACCAUUGAUCCCAGAGCAGUGACUGACAGGAUCACCCAAGGUCCUGUCGCUGUGGCCUUUAUGUCAUACAGUGGACUGGGAUCACUCCUGAAUGGGAUUUUUCUGCAGGAUGAGACUCAGCAGAGCAGGGGAAUUCUGGAAGAAAUCUUCCACAUGAACUCCAAGAUGCUAAGCGUUUCCACCAGCCACUGGACGAGGAAUAUUUCCAGCCCUGUCAACCUCACUUUUCGUCACCUUGAGAAUAAAGUUCCCCAGGAAAAAGCGGUUUGUGUCCACUGGGACUUUGCAAGCAGAAGUGGUGCCUGGUCCCCUGAGGGCUGCUGUCUCAUCCAGUCUAACAGCACUCAUUCAGAAUGCAGCUGUCAAUACCUGUCCAACUUUGCUGUGCUGAUGGCCUCCACUCCCAAGCAGGGAGCUCUGAUCCUCUCCAUCAUCAGCUACAUUGGACUGAUCAUCUCGCUCAUCUGCCUCUUCCUGUCCAUUGUUACCUUUCUCUUUUGCCGCUCCGUCCAAAACAGCAGCACCUUCAUCCACCUGCAGCUGAGUUUGUGCCUCUUCUUUGCAGACCUCCUCUUCUUAAUCGGAAUUGACAAAACAUACAACAAGAUCCUGUGCUCGGUCAUAGCUGGGACACUGCAGUACCUCUUCCUGGCCUGUUUUGUGUGGAUGUUCUUGGAAGGCGUGAACCUCUUCAUCAUCGUCAAGAACCUGAAAGUGGCAAAUUACAGUGGUGCCAGCAAGUGCAUGAAGAUAUCCAUGUACCUCUGUGGCUAUGGGCUCCCUGCCAUGAUUGUAGGCAUUUCUGCAGCAAUUUCACCCGGGUCCUAUGGGACCCAUUAUCACUGCUGGCUUAACCAUGAGAAAGGUUUUAUCUGGAGCUUCCAGGGACCUGUCUGUGCCAUAAUCGUGAUCAACAUUAUAUUUUUCUGCCUUAUUCUGAUGAUCUUGCGUAAGAAACUUGCAUCUCUCAAUUCAGAGAUAACUACCCUCAGAAAUACCAGGUCACUGACAUUUAAGGCAAUGGCCCAUGUAUUCAUCCUGGGUGUGACUUGGUGUCUAGGCCUCUUUCAGUUUGGCCCUCUGGCUGAGGUAAUGGCAUACCUGUUCACAAUCACCAACAGUGUGCAGGGAUUCUUCAUCUUCUUGGUGCACUGCUUGCUGAACAAGAAGGUGAGAGAAACAUACUGGCGUUUGAUUUCUUGCAAGAAAGGUAUCAAGUCUCCUGUUUCUGAGAUGACCAUGACUUCUGUCCCCAUCACCAAUCCCAUGAGGAAUGAGGAAAGCACCGCUUCAGGGAAUCAACAGAUGGUGGGAUGGGGGGCAGAGCCAUAAUCAAAUACCAUGUUUUGGUCUCUUCCUUCUGUAUCCAAAAUACAACUGAAUGAAACCAGACGAACUACAGGAAUUUUUCAUAUCCAAGCAAUUAUUCCUUGUUUGGUUGCUUUCCAGCUUUUUA